AUGCGUGCCAGCGUCCUCCGACCCCUCCUACCCCGCCAUAACUGCUUCGUCUCAGCGGCCCCUCGAGGAAUCUUCUCUUCUUCUAUUCUUCCUUCAACCAUCAACAAGACCUCGCCUGUCGCCUUUACUGCUUCCAACUUCUCAGCCCGUACUUUCGGAACCACUUCAGCCAACAUGUCUUCCGUCUACUUCGACAUUGAGUGGGAGGGACCCGUCCUUGACGGCAACAACCGCCCUACCAAGGAGGUCAAGGCUCAGAGCGGCCGUAUCACCUUCAAGCUCUACGACGACGUUGUCCCCAAGACCACCCGCAACUUCCGUGAGCUCUGCACUGGCCAGAACGGCUUCGGCUACAAGGGCUCCUCCUUCCACCGUAUCAUCCCGGACUUCAUGCUCCAGGGUGGUGACUUCACCCGUGGUAACGGCACUGGUGGCAAGUCCAUCUACGGCGAGAAGUUCGCCGACGAGAACUUCACCAAGAAGCACACUCGCCCCGGUCUGCUGUCCAUGGCCAACGCUGGCCCCAACACCAACGGCUCGCAGUUCUUCGUGACCACCGUCCCCACCUCGUGGCUCGACGGCCGCCACGUCGUCUUCGGCGAGGUCUCCGACGAUGCCGGCAUGAAGAUCGUCAAGGCUCUUGAGGCCGUUGGCUCCCAGUCUGGCAGCAUCAAGUACGCCAAGAAGCCUACCAUUGUCGACUCUGGUGAGCUGUAA